AUGAAUUUAAACAAAGAGCAUAUAGAAAAUAAAAUUAGAUUUAAUGAAGAAAAUGUAUAUUCAAUAAUUAUCCAUAAAAAGCUAUGCAAUAAAAAAUCUCAAUUAACAGUUGACAAUUUACUAUUAAUUCUUGAAAUUGUUUCUUUAAAGUUUAUAGAAAAAAAUUAUAAAUGUGUUUUAACUAAUGUGGAAAAUGACCUUAAGGUAAAGUCUCCAAUUUCAGUUGAUUCAAACCUAUUAAUUAAAUGUCGUGUUGAAAAUUUUAAAAAUAUUAUAAUAUAUACAAAUAUAGAAAUAUAUGUAAAUGGUUUUUCAGAUGCUGCUGUUAUAAAUUCGUCACAUUCAUAUUUAAUUAAAAGUGGUUUUCAAAAUACAAAAUUAAAUAUUAAAAAAGAAAAUUUUUCUUUAAAAGAAUUAAAAUAUAAAAUUAAAUUAUAG